AUGUCAGGCAUUUUCAGGAGCGGGAGCAAGGUAGCGCCGGUCUUCGGUGGCACCAUUGAGGACCCGCGCGGGCAGCAGUUCCUGGUCGACUGCCUCGACGUACUCGAAACAUGCGUGUCGGAGGAAGGUCUGUACCGUAUGUCGGGUAGCAAGGAGGACAUGACCAACGCCCACCGCGAUAUCAACAAGGGCAAGUCUGUGGACCUGACGGCGAUGGCCGCCAAGUCGGCGCACACGGUGGCGGGGCUGCUCAAACUCUACUUUCGCGAGCUCAAGCCCGAGCCUCUCAUGACCUUCAAUCUCUACGAGUGUCUCAUCGCUGGUAACUCGCCUGUGCGGUAG